AUGGCGGCGCCCAUUGUAACGUGCAUGGUUCCGUUAUCUCAUAAUAUUUGUGGAUCGGAGGUGUUUUCGUGGUCACUGGAUCAUAAAACCGCCAUUGCUACCGAUCACUGUGUAUACAUUAUGGAUAUUCAGUGUUCAUCUAGUGAUAGCAGCAAGUCAUUUACUUUGCCGAAGUCAGUCAUACCAGCUUCAGAGAAGUCACUGGAGUUUGAUGUUCAGAUCAGUGAAGAAACGGUUCUAGAAAAUAUACAGCUAAAACCAUCGGAGUCCUUAGCUACGAUGACACUGGACCCAACAUUGUCACCAAGGAUAGGAUUGCCUGAAGUUUACUUGGGGUACAAAAUGGUCAAAUGGUCUCCUUUACACUGUGACCAGCAGGGAAGGAGUCUAUUGUGUUGCUUAACGAUGGAUCACAGGUUGACUAUAUACAAACACAUGGCAGUCAAGAAAUGGGAAAAGAUUAUUGAUGUAUCAGAAUUACUAUACUCGACAGUAAAAGAGAACAAAUUUAAAUUUCCACAUCACCUCACUCCUGAUGUACACAAACCAUUUAUUGGAAAAUGCGAAAUAUAUGAAAGAUACAAGAAAAGACAUUACAUGCUGGCAGUGAUUGCUAUGGAAUGGUCUGAUCUCUAUCAUUCACAUAAAGACACCACCUUGACACCUGCCAAGAAGAUGAAGAUUGAGAAGGUUGCAGAAAAAUUUACUUUACUAGCAACGCUAAACAGAAGCAGCCAUGUUGUUAUUUGGAAACUUAUGACCCCAAUAAUCUCAGAAAAUUCUUUAACCAUACACGGAGUAAUAGACACAAGUUUUGAAACACCAGUCUCCCUGUCAUGGUGUCAUUUGUCUGGUUUAUCAUCAGAUAGUUUAUCAAAUCAAUAUGGAAUAUUUGCAGUAGGUGACAUUUCUGGACAAAUUGUGGUGUGGAAAAUGGAUGUACAUUGUAGACAGUCUGGCAGCCUUGAUUCAUUGACUGUGUGGGAAGACAAAGAUCUUUUGAGUCCCAGUAAAAUGACAUGGAAGUAUAUGGCAAAUAAAGAUAUUUAUAUUCUAGCUGCAGCAAAGGGAGCUUACUUAAUGAUAUUCAUGAUAAAGAUAAAAGACAAUAAAUUGAUUCUUGUUAGCAAAUAUCAGCCCAGUACAGUACAUCCUGUAUCAAUUACGGGUCUUUCAUUUCAAGAUAACAUCAUCAUGACAUUAAGUAUGGAAGGCACAAUUAAAAAGACAAUUAUAAAAGUUGAACAGAAUGCAAUUUCAUCUGAGACACAGCCUGUAUUGCUAAAUGCUAAUGAAAAAGAAAUCAGGAAAUACCAUUAUGUUGUGUUGUCUCCAAAUUGUGUAUAUGCUGCAUUUGUCACCAGUUUACUAAAUAACAUAACAAAAAAAACUAAAGUGGAAGUUCAAAUAAUGGAGGUGUGCAAUGAAUCAGAACUAUUAAAGUAUUUGCUGGCUAUUAAAGGAUCUUUAUCAAAUUACGUUGAUACGAUUGAGUACAUAAGACAACACAUCGUCUCUGAUAACUUAUCACAACCAUUGCAGCAAUUCAUGAAAUCUACCGAAACAACGCCAGCAUUAAUCAAAUUGGGAUUAUUUAUACAGAGAAUUCAGCUAAAUCAGGUGAAACAAACGCUGAGUGGAAAGACCGUGACUGAGGGAGAAGAAAUUAGUGAUGACAUCAAAGAAUUGAAAUCUCAAGAAAAUCAGCUGGUAAAAAUGUUUUAA